AUACACAAUACAAUAAAACAAAUUACAAGAUACACGAAUCCACAACAAAAUCACGAAAGGAACCGAAAUGGAGGCUUUCCGGCGCACUCAGUAUAGGGAGGAGGAUGACCUUACGGAAGGAACAGACUGGACAGAUGGUAGGACACGGCGUCAUUUCAUCAGUAAAGUCCUCGUGAUCAUUGGCUUUCAAAUGGCUUUUACAGCUGGAUGUACUGUAGGAGUCCUCUUCUGGCCUCUUGCAAUAAAUAUGUUCCAAAAGGAGAAGUAUUUGAUGUAUAUAGGCGCCGGUGGAAUGUUCGUCGGUAGUAGCGUAAUAUUUUGUUGUAGACGACUAUCUCGAAAAGUGCCCAUCAAUUAUUUUCUACUAUUUGUUUAUACUAUCUUCACUACGAUGAUGGUCUGCUCUACUACCGUUUACUAUCAAACAAAUUUGAUUUUAUACGCAUUUGGAACGACCGUACUACUUUGUAUUUGCCUCACUAUAUUCGCAAUGUGCUUCCCAUGCGACUUUACUGGAUAUGGUCCAUUUCUAUGUGUGACGGGGUUUGCAACAUUUGCUGUUGGAAUCCUUGCUUUCGUAAUGAAAGACCCCCUAGUGCAAAUGAUUUAUUUGGGCAUAAGCCUUAUUCUAUUUUCUUUAUACUUGGUGUAUGAUAUACAGUUAAUGGUCGGACGUCAUAAAAAUCAGUAUUGUGAGGAGGAUUAUAUCAUUGCCGCACUCAGCAUUUACUCUGAUAUCAUCCGAAUGUUCAUAACUCUAUUACAACUAAUUGCCCGUAUUAGAUCAAACAAUUAAAUCAAAUCUA